AUGGCGUCGAACCUUUGCCCGGUCAAUAGUGAUAAUCUAUUCGAAGUUCGAGUUGAUGCCAAUUGUCGAGCAUUCGACUUUACUCUUGUCUUUGAGGAGAUUCUUUUCAGUAUUCUGCCGUCCAUUAUUUUCUUACUAUGGCUUAUGCCUCGACUCGCGAUUUUGCAACGUUCGCCAGUGAAGUCGAAAUCCUUUAAACUUGCUAUCUACAAAUCGUUGCUCUUGACGGUCCUUCUUGUCUUGCAAAUCAUCUUUACGGUAUACCAAGUGCAGACCAAAGCUUUACACACCAAAGUUUCAACUCCAGCAGCAGCACUUAAUUUAGCCACCACCCUCGCAGCAAUAAUUUUGUCAUUUCUUGAGGAUCAACGAACAAUCCGGCCUUCUGACACACUCGUCAUAUAUUUUUCGGCCUUGUCUAUUCUCAUUAUACCGCACGUGCGGACCCUAUGGCUCAUCCCCUCAAUUCCUAUUCCCCGAGGGCUUUUCACGGCCAUCUAUAUUAUUGUUGUUCUGAUUACCAUCCUGGAAUCUGCUCGGAAAGUCAGUUUCCUCCAACCGCUCCAGAGAAAUGUUUCGGUUGAAAUGUUCCAUGGUUUCUGGGGACGCAACCUCUUCGUAUGGGUCCUCCCGCUAUUCCGAAACGCCUAUCACUCCAUUAUCUCCCUACAAGAUCUACCGGAUAUUGAUUCCAAGUUACUGGGAGAUUGCGCAGAGGCGCGUCUGGCACAGACUUGGUCCACAUCCCACGGCAAAUAUCGACUGAUCAAAGCGACUUUUCGAGCAUACUACCGGCCCCUUCUCUCUGCGAUUAUCCCCCGUAUUCUACUCGCGGGGUUCACUUUCUGUCAGCCUUUUCUGUUAUCAGCCACCAUUAAUUGGAUGGCCGAUCCGACGACAGCGGAGACACAGCGAUACGGAAAUGCGUUAGUUGGAGCGUACGCACUUGUCUAUACUGGUGUUGCUGUCUCUACAGCAACAUACUAUCGCGAGGCCAGUCGGCUCGCGACUGCCGUCCGCUCAGGUCUUAUCGCCAUGAUUCAUGAGCAGACACUGGCGCUGCAAAGCACCGGCUCAAAGGCUGGAGAUGCGGUUGCCCUAAUGGGAACGGACACGACGCGUAUUACAUCCAGUAUGCGGUCACUGCAUGAGAUCUGGGCCUCUCUCCUGUCUAUAAUCAUUGCCAUCUGGCUAUUAGAGAUACAAGUGUAUGUAGCCUGUAUUCUCCCGGCUAUUAUUGCCGUGGUAUGUAUUCUUGCCACUACCCCGGUAUCCGCUCGAUGUGGAGAGGCCCAAAAGAAAUGGGUAGGACAUAUCCAGGAACGUUUGGCAGUUACUACUGCGAUGCUUGGGGAUAUCAAAGCUGUCAAGAUGCUUGGAUUGGAAAUUGUCUUGUUUGACAUUAUUAAUAAGUACCGGAAGGUUGAACUCAGUGCCUCCAAACGAUUCCGAAAGCUUAUUGUGGGAGUUGUCAUGCUAUCGUCUGUUUCUGUGGACCUUGCACCGUAUACGGUUUUUCUACUAUACUCGAUUAUCGCUGUGGUCAAACAUGAUACCCAGAUCCUCACCACGCAGGCAUUCACGACCUUAUCUCUCAUCUCCAUUUUAACAAGUCCUCUGAUGACAUUCAUUCAGUCGCUCCCCACACUAGCACAGUCUAUUGGCUGCUUCGAUCGGAUUCAGGAGUAUUGCCUGCUAGAAAGAUCAAGGGAUUUUCUCCUAGCACAAACCGACUCACUGCCAAUGGAUGACAAUAUCGAACUUUCCAGGGUUUCUAUGGCUGUCAAAUCCCCCAUUAUGACGAUUCCAUGCGAUAAGUUCUUAUCAUUCCAGAACGCAUCCAUAUCUUGGACAGCAGAAAGUACCCCCGUUCUUCACGACCUAACUCUCUCCAUUCCCACAGGUAAGAUCAUUAUGGUCAUGGGCUCUAUUGGUUGUGGAAAGUCCACUCUUUUGGAGACAAUUAUGGGCCAAACCCAAAUUGCAAGUGGCACUAUGCAUCUUGCUCCGGCAAAUAUAGCCUACUGUCCACAGAGCCCUUGGAUUAUGAACGCCUCUAUCCAGGAUAACAUCACCGGGUGGACAGCAUUGGAUCAGAAGUGGUAUAAUGCUAGCAUCGUAGCAUGUGGACUCGUGGACGAUAUCAGUAAAUUCCCCAAGGGAAGUAUGCACAUGGCUGGUAGCGGUGGAAUAUCUCUCAGCGGAGGACAAAAACAGCGAGUGGCUCUUGCGCGCGCAGUUUACUCUCGUCUCCCAAAUGUGGUUCUGGAUGACGCAUUCAGUGGACUAGACUCGCAAAAUACCCGGCUGGUAGGCGAGAAGCUGUUUGGUCAAAAUGGUAUUUUCCGACGGACGAGUACAACUGUGAUUCUUGCGACUCAUACCCGGUCACUCCUUCCGUAUGCCGAUGAAGUUAUUCUUCUCGACAAUGGUCACAAGGUUCUGCAAUGCACGUACCCGGAAUUGAUAGACCAGCUACCCGAGUAUACACAGUCUGACCUUGAUGAGAAACCUGAUAAAAAUGACAAACAUGACGAAGUGUGCGGCCAAGACCCCAAUGAAGCAACGGAAACAAAGCCACUGUCCAGGCAGUCAAGUAGCGAAGAGAGCGAUGAGAGCGAUUCUGAAUCAACCUUGUUGAAGCACAACCUGGCAAGGCGAAACGGUAGCUGGUCCGUCUACAGCUACUACGGGCGCAAAGCAGGGCUUCUGCAAGUCGGCCUCUUUAUUGCGCUCUCAAUUUCGUAUGGCUUCACGACUCAAUUCUCCUCAAUCUGGUUAGAAUGGUGGUCCAAUGCAAAUAAAACUGAUCCGAAUUCUGAUCUGGGAAAAUACCUCGGGGUUUAUACAGUCAUUACUCUGUUAGCAGUUCUCUCCCUCGGAGCUGGGUGCUGGAUGUUGAUCGUCGAGAUCGUCGGCAACACCUCGCUUGCUUUGCAUUCAGACCUAUUACAAUCUGUUCUAAGUGCCCCGUUUAGUUUCUUCCAGAAGACCGAUAGCGGAACCAUUAUGAACCGCUUUAGUCAAGAUAUGCAGCUCAUCGACUUUUCGCUCCCGGUCACUGCAUUGAAUUUCACGGAAGCCCUCAGUCUCUGCAUCGUUAGCUUGGUAAUCCUCUGCGUGGUUGGCAAAUACAUCACUAUCGCACUCCCAUUUAUGCUACUCGCGAUCUGGGUUCUACAGUAUGGCUACCUCCGGACAUCCCGCCAAGUCCGCCUAUUAGAUAUCGAAGCCAAAGCACUUCUCUUCUCCCAAUUCCAAGAGACUGUCAGUGGACUUUUGGUUAUCCAAAGCAUGCAGUGGCAGCCACAGUUCCACAAGCUAUGUCUUUCCAAACUUGACGUGACCCAGAAGCCGUUCUAUAUGCUAUUCUGCAUACAGCAGGGCCUUAAGUUGGUGUUGGAUCUGCUAGUCAUGAUUUUUGCAGUUAUCCUUGUCGCGAUUGUAACCACACUCAAGGACCAAUUUAGCGCUGGUGAUAUCGGAGUGGCCCUGACUCUGAUCAUUUCUAUCAGUCAGAACCUAAACCAGGCCAUCGAGUCGUGGACCCAGAUGGAGAUCUCACUUGGGGCGGUAGCGCGCGUACAAGAAUUUAUGAUAGAGACGCCUAUCGAGGCGUCGGAGGGAGUGGAAACAGGUUGGCUAUCACGCGCAGAGAUUUGCUUUGAUAGUGUGGAUGUAAGAUAUGGUUUACACGCAACCCCUAUUCUCUCAGGUCUCUCAUUGAACAUCCCGUCUGGUCAUAAGAUUGCUAUCUGUGGUCCUUCCGGCAGCGGCAAGACCUCCCUCAUCAUGGCCCUCUUGCGUAUGCUCGAAGUCUCCAAGGGCCGCAUUACCAUUGAUGGUGUGGAUAUAUCUACCAUCCACCCAGCCUCACUCCGCACAAAGGUCACCGUUAUCCCGCAGGACCCCUUUUUUCUCCCUGGCACAAUACGCGACAGCUUCAACCCCACGGGCAAGUUGUCAGAGGAGCGGAUUGUCAUAGCAAUAAAGAUACUGGACUGGUCAUACGGCGAGAAGCAGCUGCUAGCAUUGGCCCGGGCCUUGAUGAACCCGAGCCCGCUUCUCAUCUUGGACGAAGCGACUAGCAAUGUUGACUGGGAAACCGAAGCCCGAAUGCUGGAUAUAAUUGAGCAGGAGUGCGUGGGACAGACGGUUAUUGCCGUUGUGCAUCGGUUGCGGCAUAUUAGGCGCUUCGACAGCGUGGCGCUUCUGCGGCAGGGGACAGUGGUGGAGUUCGAUACCCCCGAGGCCUUGUUAGGGCGCGACUCUGAGUUUCAUAAGCUGUAUACUGCGUCGCAGAAAUAA